UUCUCCUUUCUCGACUCUCGCGCGACGACAAUCAGCAACUAUAACUAGCAAAUAUUUUUUGAAAUAGCUAAAUGUAGUUUGCGAACGAAAAAGUUACACUUUGUUAAGUCAUUAGUCUAUGUGACUCUGUCUGUCGUGUUAAUUGUUGAAACGCUAAAUCUUCUAUGGUAGAUAGAUACCUCCUUACUAACGUUAGCUUUCUAAGAUAUUGUUGUUGAGUGGGAUAGGAAUCUAGCUAAGUCAGGUGGAGUCAGCAGCAGCACAAAAUGACUUCCGCCUCUACUAAGGUGGGAGAGAUCUUCUCAGCCGCAGGAGCUGCCUUCACCAAGCUGGGUGAGCUUACCAUGCAGCUGCAUCCAGUAGCGGACUCCAGCCCUGCAGGAGCCAAAUGGACAGAGACAGAGAUCGAGAUAUUGCGUUCAGCUGUGCAGCGUUUUGGUGAUGAUCUGAGCAGCAUCAGCUCUGUGAUUAAGGAGCGCACUGUAGCCCAGAUAAAGACAACAGUGAAGAGGAAACUGUAUGAGGACAGCAGGAUGCCCCUCUCCUCAGACUCUCCCAAAAAGACCACCAAGAAGACCAUGGCAGCCGCACCAGCACCCUUGGCCCCCACAGUAAUUGCUGUGCCCACCUCACAGGUUGUCCUGAGCGCCUCCCCUAUGCCCCCUGCCAUCAAGAAACAGAAAACUGCAGAUGUGACGCUCAGUGCUCUGAAUGACUUGGAUGUGAACAGCGACCUGGUGGACAUUGAGGGACUGGGAGAUGGAUCCAACACCAAGCUCAAUUUCGAUCAAGAGAGCCUCAACCUGGACUCCAGCCUCAUCAUGAAUUCCAGUGACUUGCCCCUCUUGUCUCGCUGACCUCUAACCCCACUGUACCCGUGGGUUGGAAAACCUGGGUCCCUCUAUCACCAGAAAGCAGAUUAGUUGGUAUCCUUGUUAGAGCUAUUUUGGACAGAUUUUAGCAGAUGCAUUUUUAUAUCAAUCAAGUGCUUCUCUAUUCAGUCUGGCAUUUCUACAGAGAAACCCUUCCAUUUCACUCUGAGUUAAAAAAAGUGUUGCAGUGCAGGGGUGCGUUCAGUUUGAUUAUACAUUUGUUAUGUUGCAGAAUGGUUUGUACUGAACGACAUGUUUCCCCAACACGUUCUUGAACAGACUUUGAAGUACGUUUUCUCUGUUUGGUAGGUGUGGCUUGAAGCAAUGAGUGAAUAUUUAAAGGGCAGCAGGGUGUUCCACAACCCAGUUCCCUCCCUGUUUUUUCAACUGGUUGUUCAGAACACUACCGUUUCUGUUGCUUUAAUUAUUUUCUUGUACUGAAUGCAGCCAUCGGGCAAAUUCUGUUGAAAAAAAAAAAUCUUGAAAGCAAACAAAAUGAAACCGGGAGGGACUUACCAGAAUCAGUCCAAUAGAAACUCUUAUUUAGCUCCGUUUACUUCCGCUGGGUUAUUAUACGGUUUCCGUAGUGUACAUGUUGUGUACCACGGGUUGAUAUAUUUAUAAAGACAAGAUAUAGGCUAGCCAAGUAUUAUUUAAUGUUGUUCAAACAAUGGUUGUGCAUGACAUGAUUCAUUUUUAUGCUGUUUAGUAAAAUGUUAAUAUAUUUUUUUUGUCUGUUUCACUGUGCUUUUUCACUGUGAAUUGUGACACAGUGUAGCAGUUCGACUGCCAUCUAAGGUGGUUAUAAAGAAAGCUUGCAGAAAUGGACAGGUAACCAUAUACAAUUAUCUAUGGAGACAAAGGAAAGUCCACAGGUUUUCUGAUAUAAUACAGUGACUUUUAUUAUCAUGAUUUUAUUUAUAUAUUUAAAAGUUGUACAUUAUUUCCCCCCCCCACCCCCCUAAAACUAGACACAUUUUGUGUCAACUUUACAG